AUGAGCUUGGAAAGGCGACACACAGAUUCUUUGGUGAAGUGGGUUUUCGACAAAUCCACACUCCUAUCAUCAUCACAACAAGUGAUUGCGAAGGUGCUGUUUCUGGUCGGUUACAACUGGAAAGCUCUGCUUGUUCCGAAAUUGAGGGCAGAGAACUCUCACACCUCAAGGCAUCUUGCUGACUUCUGGAUGGUUGAGGCUGAAAUAGCUUCUGCUGAUCUUGAGGACGAUAUGAACUGCGCAGAGGCAUAUGUGAAAUACAGGUACAAGUGGUUGCUUGAAAAAUGUUAG